GAAGGCUUUGGUUGCUGCGCGGAGUGGCGGAGAGCGCAGGGACGGGGCUGGGCGCGCUGGCGAAUGCGCAGAAGGCGCGAUCGGAGCGGCAGUCGGCGGCGACGGAGAAGCGGAAACGAGCCCCCACUGGAGACGUCGGCGGCAGCGACGACGGUACCCCCGCGGCGGCCGCUAUGCUGAGGGCGUUCUACCACGUCGGCAUAGACGUGCCAUCGAAAGAUCCGCGGCGGGCUCGAGAACUCCUCGCGGCAGCUGCUGCGGCCAGUGUGCGGCGCCACCCGACCGCGCCGGCGGACCCAGAAGAUCGCGCGCAACCGUGGUCGCGAGCAUUGGCCGAGGACGCGGCCGAGGAGUUGCCAGCUGUGCACUGUGCGCGCGGGGGGGGGGGGGGCAUCUGGCAGUCGGGGGACGUAAAGAAGUUGUGCGAGCAUGUUCGCGAGGUGCGCGGUGACUUCGCGCUGCCCAUCGCCGAGUUGGUUCAUCCGCCUGACAACGGUGAGAAUCUCCGAGUCGCGGCUGCGUACCAUGAGAUCGUUGCAUAUGCCGUUCGGGGCGGG